AGCAUUUUUGUCUGCGGCCAGCGGAGUGCACACUCGGGUGGGCGGAUCGUAGCGGUGACAGCGACGCUCGCAGACUCCCUACAAACUGUCAAAAAGCAGACAACUAACGCCAUGGCGGAGUUAGACCUGAGUCUGAGUGACGCACUAACGGACAGCGUUCCCCAGCAGGGCCCAGAGAGCCUGGUGCAGAGGGACUUUGUGGCACAGCUGGAAUCGGAGACCUUCGACGAUAAGGUGGGGGAGACGGUGGGAAAAACAGACUACAUCCCCCUGCUGGACGACGACACCAGGGCAGACACCGGUGCUGCGAUGGAGAAUGGAGAGCAGGAAGCUCAUGGGGUGCAAAAGCCUGGUUGUAAGCUGAUCGCGGGGGAACAGAUAUCAGCAUUGCGCCCAGAGCCGCAGGGAGAGGUGCGGUCACACCCACUGGACCAGCAGCAGGCCUUGGCUACAGACUUCUUAUCAGACUCCAUGGCAGGUUUUUCAGGUCCUCUGGGCUCUCAGACCAGCCCUUCCCAAAUGAUGGAUUCAGGCAGGAUUGAAGCUUUUUCAGAUUUUUCCCAAUCUGGUGGCAUGAUGCUCAAUGUGGGGACUGCACCUCUCUCAGCAGAGAAGAUUCCAAGUUUAGCAGAACCCCAGCAUCCCACUCCCCAAAUGGGUUCAGAAGUCCCUAAAGGGCACAGCCCCAUGAUGCCUGAACCCCAGCCUCCUCGCAGCCCUUUGGAUUUGCCAGCAGGUGCCUUAAGCGAGUGCUGGCCAGAUGAGGCUGGUUGCCUAUCGACAGACCUCCCUUUCAGCCCCAGUGUCUCCACAGUGAUCAGCCGCCAUGCUGGCCAUCUCGCAGUAGGCCCUGACGACCCAACUGACAGUUGGCCUAGCCGAGAGAGCCCUGCCUAUGCUGGAGGCGAUGAAAAGGAGGGUGAAGGUUCAGACAGAAAACAGAAGAGGAAAAAGAAAAGACGACAGAAGGAUGAGGGGUCUUAUGAACAACCCGAGAGCAGGGUUAACCCGGAAUUGCAAUCACAGGGAGAAAACAAUCCCUCCACAGAGGAGUUCUACGGCAGGAUUGGCCCAAGGCGGGAUAAAGCAGAUAGUGGCUGGGAGGAGCAGCUUGGAAAGAGUGGAGGCCGCGGGAAGAAGGGUAAGAGUAGGAAGAAGCUUCCGGAAGAGUGGGGAGUGACGGCAGAACCGUUUGUCCCGUCGCCUGCUGCAACCUCUCAAAGCACAGAGGAGGUGAAGAUGGAGACGGGGAGUCCUGUGAAGACAAAACUGGACUCCUCGUUCGGAGACAUGGAUACAAGCCAGAGACCCUGGAAAAAUGAGGUAAACCCAGAAAAGGUAGUGGUCCCUUCCCCCCUGUCUCAGGACAUUCAAUCACCAACAGAUGAUUCCAUCAACCCACUGGUCCUAAACAGCGAGCUGAAAGCCACAGCGGUUCCCUUCACUAUGCCCUCCAUCCCCAAUAGUGCAGCACCUGGCUCCUUCCCAACUGCUUUUCGCCCGGAUGAUCCAUUUGACCUCCUGAUGGAUACGGAAAAUGCAAGCUUAGGCAACAGCAGCCUGCCCUUUUUCCCCACCGGUGACAUGAUUGAAGGCGGGAUGCUUGACAGUUCCCUCCAAGUGUGUUUGCAAGGCAUGCCCGAUGAAGACACCUCAGCCUUUAGCCCCGCCUCCCAGCCAAGCCCAGGCCCUACCCCAGAAGGUGAGGUGUUAGCUACGGCCCCGCCCCUCUCACCUUCAGAUGCUUCAUGGCUCCUCAACGACUCCAACGUCAGCAGCAGCAGCGAGCUAUUUGCCUUCAGUGACACGAGCGCUGCAGGUGUUCCUUCAACCUUAGGGCUGUCUUUCGAUACCCCUAGCCCAGCUCCUCUCCGCUCCCCCAGAACCACAGCGCAGGAAUUCCAACCCAAAGAGCACAAAGAUGCCAAAUCGGCCCAGAAACAGGCCAAGAAGUCUCGUUCAUCUUCCUCCUCCUCUGUAAAGAGUCCCACCUCCCCAGGAGCAAACAAUUUCCCACCUCAAGCAUCCCCAGUCAUCAGCCCUCCUUCCCCCACAUUGCCUUCCCCAGGAUCUGGUCUUAACCCUACAGCUAAGCCCUUUUUUCCCAGCUUUGCGGAUCCUUUGGAAGAACCAGACGUGGUCCCUCCAGUUGUCCCCAUCAUCGAAGUAAAAUCGGACAAGAUGGAGAAGACCGACAAUAAGGAGAAGAUGGAGGACAAUGAAAAGAAGGUGGACCUGUUUGAUCCUCUGGAUAAAAAUGAGCAGAAAGGUGUGAAAGUGGAUUUCAGUGAUACUCCAGCUGCAGCAGAGAAAGAGAUGGAGAAGGAAAAACAGACAGAGGCACAAAAAGAGAAGGAGAAAGUGGCCGAGAAGGUGAAGGAGAAAGAAGACGAGAUAAAGGAGGCAGAAAAAGUUAGAGAGAAAGAGAGUGACAAAGUGAAAGUGACAGAGGCUGAAAAAAUGGAAGAAGACAUUAAGAAAGAGACAGAGAAAGUGGAGCCGAUGCAACAGAAGGAAAAAGAGGAUAAGAUGAGCAAGGUUGAAGAAUCACCACAUAAAUUGGCAAAGACAGAGAACGACGACAAGAUGGAGAAAGACGAUAAGAAAGAAGACAAGACAGAGAAAGACAACAAGACAGAGAAAGACGACAAAUCAGAGAAAGACGACAAGACAGAGAAAGACGACAAGACAGAGAAAGACGACAAGUUAGAGAAAGACGACAAGACAGAGAAAGUAGAAAAAGUAAAGGUGACAGAAGAAGUAAAGAGUAAAGUAGAAGUGACAGAGAAUGUGGACAAAAAUGAAAAGUCCAAAAUGGAAGAGAAGACAGAGGACAAGAACACUGAGAAACUUGAGAAACCCGAGAUGAAGGAUGGCAAAGAGCAGCACAUGGACACAAUGGAAAAGACCCCAGAACAACUGCCGACACCCGACAAGCUGGAGAAGAAGGCUGACGUGGAGGUGGAAGACACCAAGAAAGAAAAGGAAGACUCAGACAAAGCCAAGACGACAGAGAAAGACGAAAAGGUAGAAAAACCAACAAAGAAGAGCGAGAAGGAAGAGAAGGAGGGCAAAAUGCAGGCCACCAAGAAAGUUGUGGAGAAGAAGGAUGACAAGAAGGACAAAGCGGCGAAAACAGAUGUUGGAGAGAAGGCCAAAAAAGCGAAACCUGCAACGAAUGGAAGCAGUGCCCCGCUGAGCAGAGACCUGGCCGACAAGAAACCCAAGCCUGCUGUCGGUGCAACCAAACUGAGCGCUGCUGCUAAAACGCGCCCGAGCACAUCGGCUACUGGUGGUUCGCUCACAGCGACUCCUAAGCGCCCCUCAUCCUCCACCACCACCUCCAUCUUAGACAAAAAAACAACCACAGCCAGGGUACCACCCACAGCAGCUGCGGGUGCAAAGCGGCCCUCCACCACUUCUACCAGCCGCCCCGCAUCCUCCAUCAGCAGCACUGCACGUGAUGUCAGGCCCAAGACAACCACAGAGAGGCGCCCCCUUGUGCCAAAGGCUAGCACUGCCACCUCAACAGGCUCCACGACUGCCACCAAAAAUGGAACUGCUACCACAGCAGCCAGUAAAACUGCUACAUCAGUGCGCACAGCGGCAUCUACUCGCACCGUUCCUACCACCGCAGCCAGAAAGCCUCUGGCCUCCAAGACAGACAGCAAACCAGGAGAGGAGAAGAAGCCCGGCACUGUAAAGACAUCUACAGCUGACUCUACCAAGCCCAAGACUACCAGCACCACCCGCAGCACUACUUCCACCCUCGCUGCGCCUCGCACCCGACCCACAGCAGCCAAACCGGCCACACUCUCCUCCCCCAGUGGCACAGCACCAGAGAAGAAGCCCUUGGUGCCCCGCACCUCCCGGCCCACUUCUUCAUCUACCACCACUACCACCGCCACCUCUAGGACCGCAGCCCGCCCUGGAACCACACCGGCCCCCGACAUUCGUAACGUCCGCUCUAAGAUCGGCUCCACUGACAACAUGAAGCACCAGCCUGGAGGAGGGAAGGUGCCAUCUGCCUCUCAGAGCAGAGGCCUCAUCCCCAAAGAUACAAGCCAAGGCAAAGUUCAGAUUGUAUCCAAAAAGCUGGACUUUAGCCACGUCUCCUCACGGUUGGGCUCCAAGGACAAUAUGAAGCAUGUUCCUGGUGGAGGGAAUGUGCAGAUCCUCAACAAGAAGGUGGAUCUGAGUAAGGUGACCUCAAAGUGCGGCUCCAAGGACAACAUCAAGCACAAGCCUGGCGGUGGCGUCGUAAAGAUCGAGUCCCAGAAAGUGAGCUUCAGGGAAAAAGCACAGGCCAAAGUGGGCUCCAUGGACAACCUGAGCCAUUCCCCUGCUGGAGGAGACAUGAAGGCUCAGGGUGCCCAGGACACAGCAGAGGGGAACGGAACCCCACUGAGUGGCACCACAGCCCCAGGUCCGGAGCCGGGGCUGGAAGGGAGCCCUGCCUCCCAGGAGAAUGGUCUGAAGGAGGGGCCUCCCUGUGAUAACGAGGGCCUCCAGGCUCUGGACGCACGCAUCCCAGAGACAAAUUGAGUGUUUCAAGCUCAACUUCCGCGAGAAUGCUCGCUCUCGCACGGACCACGCUGCCGACAUCAUCACCUGGGCGCCCCCCCCCCCCAAGGACGACAACAGACCCCACCCGCAUGGUACCUCCCAUUCUCCACACCACCAUCAGCUCCCCCUCUGCCCCCUCCAUGAUGCAGGGGGAGGUCCAGUUGGACAGCAGCAUCACC